UUCUUCUCAUGUAUUUAUUUUUUAAAGAAACUAUUCUGGAUACGAGCUCUAGGGUUUCCAGUUCUAUAUAAUGGCGAAUGAAAAAAAGAAAGAAACGAUAACCAAUCCGACCUUGUAUCCGUUCCAUUCACCUUGACGACACAAUUAUGAGCGAAAGGAACACAAUUACUUAAAAACAAUUUGUUUUUAUGAUAAAGAAAUGCUAGGAAUUCUUUCUUUACUUUGAAAGAAAGAGAAUCACAAUGGAGUGUGUGGUACAGGGGAUCAUUGAGACCCAGCAUGUUGAGGCCCUUGAGAUUCUUCUUCAAGGUCUUUGUGGUGUUCAGAGAGCGCGCCUAAGGAUUCAUGAGUUCUGUCUGAAAAGUGGUCCUAAUCUUGGUCUUGUUUCUUCAGAGGUUCGACUUUUGUGCGACCUUGAGCAGCCAGAACCUGCUUGGACUGUUAAACAUGUUGGAGGUGCAAUGAGGGGUUCUGGGGCUGAUCAAAUCUCUGUCCUGGUGAGGACUAUGGUGGAAAGCAAAGCAAGCAAGAACGUGCUUCGCUUAUUUUAUGCCCUGGGCUACAAAUUGGACCAUGAGUUGCUGAGAGUGGGGUUUGCAUUCCAUUUCCAAAGAGGUGCUCGGAUAACUGUUAAGGUGUCUUCUGUUAACAAGAUGACUAGAGUACAUGCAACUGACGAGGCUGUGCCAGUAACUCCGGGCAUACAGCUUGUUGAAGUAACAGCGCCUGCAAUACCUGAAAAUUAUUCUGAAGUUGCUGCUGCAGUAUCAUCCUUCUGUGAAUAUCUUGCUCCGCUUCUGCAUUUGUCAAAACCCGGUGUUUCAACAGGGGUUGUUCCAACUGCCGCUGCUGCAGCUGCAUCUCUUAUGUCAGAUGGUGGAGGCACAACUUUGUAGCGGCGAUGUAACAGUGCUUGAUAUUGAGGGAUAAUUGUAUUGGCAACGGAAACUAUGGAUUAGCACGAUUCUUAUUUAUUCUUAACCCUGCAUCUGUGUAGAAAGGGAUUGCUUCUCAUGGGUGGAUAAAUGUGAUAACAAGUCAAAACCUGAGGAUUUUUUUUAAGGUUGGAGUUGUUUCUUGGGAUGCAUUAUGUGGGGCAACGACGAGUGAAGUGUUUUUUGGGCUUAUUUUUACCUUGUAUUGUACUUUACUUUUAUGUGAUGUGAGCUUGGGAAUAUAAUUAGCCUAGGUCCGAAAUUUGGCCAUUUGUAUUGAAGUUGUAGUUUGCAGUUAAUUGAUACUACAUUUUAUUGAA